AUGAAUAAUUAUUUUCUAUAUGUUCCGUUUUGUUUCCUACUUCUUCUUCUUCUCAUAAUUCAACCAACAGAAUGUAAACGACCGAAAAACAAAUCCUGCAAACGUACCGCUUUCAAUCGUAGAACAACCAACUAUCAAGCAUGGAGGGAGCAAAUGACAGUUUGCGACCUCUUAGCAGAAUACGAUCCAGCCGUCAGACCUUCUGGUCGAACUCCCGAAAAUUCAGAAAGAGGGCCUGUCCUUGUUACCACAAGUCUCGAUAUUCGUUCCAUAUCAGCUGUUUCAGAAAAAAACAUGGAGUUUGUUGCUCAAUUUCGUUUCCGACAGGAAUGGUACGAUGACCGUCUCCGCUUCAUCGAACAUAACUUAGAUAGCCACACAUCUCGCGAUUUCCGAAAUUUUGAAUUUAUCCAUGUAGCUAGAGACCAACGUCUGUGGAUACCGGAUACGUUUUUCCAGAAUGAACGAAAAGGAUGGUAUCAUAUGCUUGAUCAGGAAAAUAAAUUCUUAAAGAUACGUUCAGACGGUAAACUAAUCUACGAUAGGAGGUUAACACUUCAUUUGGCUUGUUCUAUGCAUUUAUCCAAAUAUCCAAUGGAUACUCAGAACUGCGAGAUUGCUUUUGCUUCUUAUGCUUAUACGACUGAUGAUAUCAAAUAUGAAUGGGAUAAGCAUUCCAUUAAGUUUCAUCAUGGGGCCAAUGGCGCUCUGCCAAAUUUCGAAAUCGCGAAAUUCGUGAAUGGAACUUGUCAUUCCAAAACUAAUACAGGUGAAUACUCCUGUUUAAGAGUCGAACUCAAACUCAAACGCGUCUUUUCUUUCUUCCUGCUUCAACUGUACAUUCCUUCGUCUAUGCUUGUUGGGGUUGCAUGGAUAUCCUAUUGGAUUGACUGGAAAAGUACCGCAGCUCGAGUUCCUUUAGCCAUUAUUACAUUGCUCACAAUGAUAUCUACCUCUCAUGCUGUUAAUUCGAAUCUACCUCCAGUUUCAUAUGCUAAAUCAAUUGACAUAUGGGUUGGAGCUUGUGUCGUUUUUAUAUUUUUCUCUCUUAUUGAGUAUGCCGUAGUAAACUAUAUGGGUAUAAUGGAUGAGCAUAGACAAAUGAGAAAGGCAGCUUGUAAUCGCAGCCGUCUAUCGAAUGUGAUGGAUACUGAUGUCUAUAUGCAGUCUGUAGAAGCUAUGACCUCCCCUAAUUCGGUAGGAGGGUUUAGUCCUCAAGAAAAGAAGCAUCUUCUUCGUCGUAAACGGAAGAAAUCAUUCGAGCUACGAGAGCAGAGUUAUGGAGGGACUAAUCAAAUGGAAAUGUCUGACUUAGGUCCUCCACGUAAUGCCGGAAUGGUGGAAGAAGGCUGGACAUUCCAAGACACUACAGAUUUGGUUUAUAUUGGCCAGAGAAAGCGGGUUGAGUUGGUCAGAUGGUGCAGUGUGUUAUCAUCACGUGGCCGAGCUGAAAGAAUUGAUAUCAUUGCCAGAAUAAUCUUUCCUAUAUGUUUCAUCCUUUUCAAUUUUGCCUAUUGGAGUAUAUACUUAGAUAAUGAAGAUGAAUAA